AUGUCCCUAUCUAAAACUGCCCCCGCGCCGUCGCCCCACUCUUCGUCGCCCUCCAAAUCCUCACUGCGACGCACUAGCGGCUCCCGCAACCCGUCUGCGCGUAGUCUCCUGCCGAGCCCUCACCUCGAUGAGCCGGUUAUCAGUGGAAGCUAUUCCAGCCCAAGAGAUGUUGCAGAGAUAGUGGACACUGCGAGCGCUCGCUCUGGAGUUGGUAGCUCCACGCAUCGGUCGCACGACCCGCAGCAGCAACAACAAGUGCAAACAGCGACAGCAGAGCCCUUCCAGCCUUUCUUUACGUUGAUCGAAGACGCAGUUACGCACGAACACUUUCAUCCGGCCGUGCACUAUAUAUUCGCGGAUGACGACGCGGACAUCGUUACAGAGGCGGCGUUGAGGAGUUUAGAGCAGCACCAAGAGCCAGGGCCGGAAGGGUCUGAGCCAGCAGCGUCGCGAGGCCCACCCGUGAGCAAUGAGCAUGGGCCGGAUAGCCGGUAUCUGCCGCCUGCCAAGGAGGGCGUGAAGGAGCAUUAUGUCGUGCUUGACGUGCAGCCUUCUACGACUGCCCACGCGGGUGUUGCUGCUAGCGUGGAAGGCACCGCUAGUGGCAACGUUGGAGGGGCGUCAUCGAGCGGAUACGACGUCGUAAACGCGUACAGCAUGAGUGCCGACUGGCAGGUUCUGCGUACGGGAAUCAGCAAGGCGCCCACGAUGGCCGAGGGCGAAGACGAAGGGUUGAUGUUGCGUAUCGAAGGCAGAAGUGGCACGCCGCCAGAAGUCAAGCAGGAAGACGAGACCGUUGAGGAGAUGAUUGAGAGGUUCGAGCGCGGGCUGGAGGACGUCAGGCUGGUACUGGAAGCGAGUCGGCGCACAGAGAUGGAGGCGCCGGAAGAGCUGAGAGCCGGUUCACGAUGA